UAUACAUCCAUGGUUGAAGCUUCAACGCACGCCGCCGUGUGUACGGGCCGUAAUGAUGUCAUCAGUGUGCGACGUCACCACAGAGUUUAUAUGAGUUCUCCACAGAGAGAUAAACGAUGACAACAACUAUAAAACAAGCCUUAAAAACUCACUUUGGGUUUAACAACUUUCGGUCUAAAAUACAGGAGGAUGUUGUUAAAGCAGUCGUCAAAGGUGAUAAGGAUGUGUUUGUGUGCAUGCCCACGGGAGCAGGGAAGUCGCUCUGCUACCAGCUACCCGCGAUCCUGGCUCCGGGUAUCACUCUGGUUAUAUCCCCGCUAAUCGCUCUCAUUCAGGACCAAGUGGACCACCUGCAGAGUCUGAACAUCCCCGCCUGCUCCAUCAACUCCAAGCUCCCAGCAGGCGAGCGCCAGCUGAUCUAUGCUGAUUUAGGGAGCAGCAGUCCUAAGCUCAAGCUGCUUUACAUCACUCCGGAGAUGGUUGCUUCUCCUUCGUUCAAGCCCUGCCUGACGGACCUGUGCACCCGUGGCCUGCUGUCUUACCUGGCUGUGGACGAGGCUCACUGCGUCUCCCAGUGGGGACACGACUUCAGGCCGGACUACCUCAAACUGGGGAAACUGCGUGCUCGAAUGCCGGGGGUUCCCUGUUUGGCCCUGACAGCUACAGCACCCAAGAAUGUACAAGAGGAUAUUGUUUUGUCCCUGACUCUGCGCACGCCGCUGUCUUUCGUUACACCUGUCUUCCGCAGUAACUUGCACUACGAUGUGAUCUUCAGUGAGCUGCUGCCAAACCCCUUGGUCCACCUCCACGCCUUCAUUCAGCAAUCUCUGGCCCUGGACAGCGGCUCUAAAGGACAGGGCUGUGGGAUUGUGUACUGUCGGACCAGGGAUAGCUGUGAAUCGGUGGCUCACCAGCUGACCAAGCUCGGAGUCUCGGCCAAACCUUAUCAUGCAGGUCUGAAGACAGGAGAUCGCACAGAGUCCCAGAAUGAGUGGAUGCAAGGGAAGGUGCUGGUUAUCGUAGCCACCAUCAGCUUUGGUAUGGGCGUGGACAAGGCCAAUGUCAGGUUUGUGGCUCACUGGAACCUUGCAAAGUCCCUGGCCAGCUACUACCAAGAGUCAGGAAGAGCUGGGAGAGACGGCCUGCCCUCCUCCUGUCGCAUAUACUACUCCCCCAAAGAUAAGGAGCAACUGAACUUCCUCAUCCGCAAAGAGAUUUCCAGAAAACGGGGGAAACGCGGCACUGCGAAGGAGACUGACAAAGCAACCAUCACAGACUUUGAUGCCAUGGUGGCGUACUGUGUUCAGGAAGCUUGUCGCCAUACCACCAUCUCCAAGUUCUUUGGGAACAAGGCGCCCAAAUGUGCCGGUGCCUGCGACUUCUGCCGUAACCCCAAGCUGGUGCGAGCCCAGCUGGAGAAAGGGAGCUCCCUCAGCACCAAGACCAUGGCCCUUAGCAGCCAGCCCUCAGGACCCUUCGGCUACCUGCAGGGCUUCUACGAAGGAGGGAAGAAGGGCUACGGCUUUGAAAGGUUUGAUGAAGGGGAAGAGGACGCGGAGAGCGGUGAAGACGAUGGCUCAACGAGGAAAAAGGCAUUUUCUAACCUCUACAAGACGCAGAUGACCAUGCGGAAGGGAAUGACCGUUCAGCGGAAAGGCUUUGUCCCUCCAGAUGAUGACUGCCAACUGAGAGACGCCAGCAGUCAGAAGAUCCCCAGACUCACUGUAAAGGCCAGAGAGCAUUGUUUGAGCCUCUUGCAGGAAGCAUUAUACAGCCACCAGAGGGCAGAUGACGCAUUCAGUGACACUGUGUCUUUAGCGGUGGCAAUUGAACAUGAGGUCUUUGAGAACAGCAAGGCCUCCAACGUGUACAAAGCUGCCGUCUUGAAGAGGGUAUCAGAGAUGAAGAGGACAGGACCUGGAGGAAAAGGAGAUGAGGUCAAGGCGGACAGCAACAGUGAUUCUACGGAAAAUUCGUCUUCUACUUCCUUAACAGAGGAGCUGCAGGGGUUCACAUCUGCAUCUGAAAUAUACUCAAUGAAGCGUAAGAGAGUAGGAGCGGGCCUGAGGGGAUCGUCCGACCCCCUCAUGACUGCUAAGGAACUCCUGAAGACCUCGGCGUCUAACAGUGACAGCGGCGGGUUUCACAGCGACACCUCAGGAGGAUCCAGAAAGACAAACAAAGACCCGUCUCUGGCCGUAACGUCGUCCAUCAGAGCCAAAGCCUCGCUGAGCAGCCCCACCAAGGGAGGAAGAGCUGCGAGCAAGAAGCGGCAGCAGAAGCUAGCAGAGGCAGCAAAGAGCUCCUGCAACAUCUCCCAGUACUUUGCAAAGAAAGUACCUGAUGAUGCUACGAUAUCUCAUAACACGGUGGAGGACGAUCAGGAAAUCGAUCGACCACUUGUCAUUGUGGAAGAAAUGGAGAUAAGUUCUGGAGAGGAGAGGAAAGAAGAAGAAGUAAUAUUAAUAUCUGAUAAUGAUGAAGAGGAGAAAACCAUUAAAAAAAAGAUGCUGGAGGUGAAGUGGUUUCAGUACAUACCCACAGAGGAUACCACCACUCCUGCAGGACAGAAGGAAACUCAGGAAAAGGAUGAACCUGUUCUGAUAGAAGAGGUGACGUCGCAAAAAGCAUCCUCUCCUCCGGCGAAGAGCUGUGACCCCUCAGAGAGAGGACAGAAGGAAACUCAGGAAGAGGAUGAACCUGUUCUGAAAGAAGAGGUGACGGGUGAGGUGACGUCGCAAAAAGCGUCCUCUCCUCCGGCGAAGAGCUGUGACCCCUCAGAGAGAGGACAAAAGGAAACGCAGGAAAAGGAGGAACCUGCUCUGACAGAGGAGGAGGCAGAUGAGGUGACGGCGCAAAAAGCGCCCUCUCCUCCGGCGAAGCGCAGUCGCCCCUCAGAGAAUAGAGUGACCUUUAACCCCAACGUGCAGGAGUGCCCUCUGAUCGCCAACGAGCGCCCCCCAGCGGUGACGCUGAAGGAGGCGGCGGACAUCGUGGUCCGGUACCUCGACCCGUUUUACUCUAAGGGGAAGUUUGCCACCAAGGAGCUGUUUAAGUCCUUUGCACGCUUUUUAUCUCACCUCCUCACAGAGGGGAGUAGUAAAGAGAAAGACCAAGUUAAAGCCGAAGCCAAAACUCUCAUCAAUAAGUUCUUCAUCAAAGUGCACCACUGUAAGAGCGAGGCGGACUGGACGCACCUGAGGGCGCGGCUGUAAAACCACAGAGAACCAGGAAUGAUGGGAAGUGGAAAUGACAUUUUUUUUUAAGGGUCAAGCCCUUCCUCUUUUUCAGUGCCUAAGCUUCUCUCGUCCCAGCGAACUCAGCCACAUCCUGAAUGCCUGCGGAAAAAAAGUUUAAUUUACUGCUACACUACUGCUUAGUCGGGUUUAUGUCGAUAAUAAAGCACUAACGUGACUGUAGAGCAGUGUUGUACUGUGUGCACACGGAUAUGAUGAAUUUUGUUUAUGUUUCAGCCUGAAAAGUGUGUAAACUUUACAUGUUUUGUGUGCAAAGAAUGUCAUAAUUAAUGUUCUAUAGGCAGCCAUUGUCCUUUGUAUGUUUAACCACAAUAUGACACUUCUACGUUACUGCACUCAAGUCUUAUUAUUAUUAUUAUUAUUAUAUCGCAAAACAUUUGUUAUGUCUCUGCAAGUUCAUACUUACCUGAAAUGGAUUCAAACCAAAGGGCUCUUGGUAUAAACAAGACAUACAAAUGAAUACAGCCAUGCUAGCAGCUCUGCGAUGCUCUACACAGCAACAAGCGUUUGCUACCUAACACUUAAAACAUUACAAACAGAUCAAAUGUUGACCUGUUGGUGCUGGAUACAAAUAUCAGGAUAUCAACAGAGGUAUUACGGUUCGUCCUCUGGGGACCAUGUAAGUAAAGAAGACGUGACAAUUCAAAAAAUAGAUGUUGACAUAUUUCAGUGUAGACGGAAGUGGUGGAUUUAUCCAAAGAAACACCUUGUGGAUAUUGCAAAUGCAUACUUGGAAGUCAUUUGGUACAAAACGUACAAAAACACUGGAUUUCUGUUUUGUUUUUAUAUUUGAAAAAGAGCAGAUUGUUCUGUGUUGGGGGGCCUAAUAUUAUUAUUCCUGCUGCUACAUACGAGGACUUGCAUUGUGAAUGGACAUGCGGUGAAAGUGUCCCGUUGUGUUUUUAUUUUCUUGAUUCAAAGACAAACCAGAAGUUGUUUUAAAUGUGGUUGUGUCUUAAAGUGAGAGGAUUAUUUGGGCAUUUUCGUUGUAGUUAUGUUGUUUAGGGUUAACCCGAUAAGGGAAAUGUUCCUUGGUUAUAGUGCCUGUCUGUAUGUCAGGCUUUGAGAGGCCACAGUUUCUGUCUCCACAGUCAGGAAGAGGACAGGAAGCAGUGAUGGACAGAGGCCUGGCUGUGCAGUGAACAGUCAGUCUGUGCUCCUACAUGUUUACAAUAAACUGUAUGCUGAACAGGA